GAUUUAGUGUUCUUGUCUACUCACAUUGUUACACCCGCAUGCGCGUGCGCAGGUUCUACGGUGUCAGUGGAGACGAUGGUGAGAAGCAAGGACAAGACCUUCAGAAGAUGACUUCCAGUGUCUUUGAACUUCUUGGUUCUGUAGUCAUAAGCGACUUUGUGCCCUACUUGAGCUUCAUCACUAAAUUACAAGGACAUGCAUCCAAGUUUUCCAAGAUCCGCGAUGUUUCAGACAAACUCACGGCUGAUUUUUUCGACCUCGACAGCCACAGAAACAAUUAUAAAAAAAUGAAAAACGACCCAAGCUAUGUCCCAGAUUUUGAAGAUGUACUAAUGGAGACGCCAUUCGAAAACGGCACUAAUCUCCCUGACCAGGACCUUCUAAAGCUACUACAGGAAAUGUUGAAUGCUGGGACGGAGACUAGUUCGAACACUUCAGAAUGGGCUAUGGCCGAACUCAUCAGGAGGCCAGAACUGAUCGAGCGAGCACAGACUGAGAUGGAUUCAGUGAUAGGUUCCAAGCGCCUCGUGGAAGAAUCCGACAUCCAACAACUCCCUUUUCUGCAAGCCGUGAUGAAAGAGAAUUUCCGGCUGCAUCCUCCGCUCUUACUUCCCCAUGAAUCAAGAGAGCCUACAGAGCUUCUUGGGUACCAUUUCCCGGCAGGAACGGAGGUGCUAGUGAACUCCUUCGCAAUCCACCGAGACCCAAGUGUAUACGACAACCCUGACAGCUUUGAUCCUGAUAGAUUUCUUGCACGCCCUCACGUGGAUCACAUGAGCACAAGUGAUCCCUACGAGCUCAUGCCGUUCGGAAAAGGCCUCCGGAUGUGCCCAGGAUACAGGCUGGCGAAUACGAUGGUGGCCUUGAUGUUAGCGAAUCUCCUCUAUGUAUUCGACUGGUCUCUGCCGGAAGGUCAAACUGAGGUGGACAUGACUGAGACAAUAGGCCUCUCCGUCAGCAAGAAGCAACCGCUGUUCUUGGUUCCGAAACCCAGAUUUGAACUUUCUUUGGAGAGCGUAGCAGAAAAUUGAUUGCCUCAAUCACAUUCUGGAAAUGCAUCUAGGGAGAAAGACAAAUAUUGUGUUCGGGGAUCUUGAAUGUAAAAGUGAACUCAAUAUUCGCUUCGAGGCCCUGAUGCACGGAAGGUGUCUCAAUUUGUGAAACUUUUAAUUAUACAUAAAGUUGUAAAUGCGGCGGGUGGUGGGUGGUGGGUUUAGGUUUCUCUUCUAAAACAGUACAAUUGAAAAUUAAACCUAUCGAUUUUUGUAUUUGACCUUCAAUUGUUCUCACUUUAUUCUACAAUCGUGUAAGUGCGUUGUAGGUGUCGGGCGACGUUCACUAUGCACAUAUUUGCACCGUGACUUGUGAAGGAAAGACCGAGUACAAUGAUCAACUUGGCUUA